GAUGAAACAAAUUCUACCCUUCAACCACACACCAGUAGCCCAGCAACCCCCUCUAGAAGCCUUUAUUUACCACCAAACAGUGAGUCCUGCAGUGAAAGCAGUUCUUCUGGUAAUAUGAUCACGCAAGAGCAGAAGGACAGCAAAACCCAUAGUGCGCUUAACCAAUAUUUGCAUUCCCGCGACGUCAGCCUGAUCCGUUCAAGAAUGAGCAUGCCGUGGAAUGAUGCGAACGAAAGAACAAAGCGCUAUUACAAUCGUAAAACUGGGCAGGCUGUAAGGGCAGUGGUUAGUGAUAUUGCACCAAAUGAUGCACUGCAAUUGUUCGAGGUAGUGUGCUCAUCCAGUAAAAUGGCGGGGAAUUAUCCAACUUACGAAGAUUUGUCUGGUUGCCAUGGUCUCAAUGAAACGUUAAUGAUGGCCCUUGUGGAAUGCUACAAUGCUGCUGAUUGCUGGGAGACACGACGACAAAUUCUAUCGAUUAUGGCGGAGAAAAUGCCACUCAAACGGUUACAGCACUGGAUACCGAACAUCACCAAAUACAUGUUUACUGAAGCCAAACGUCAUUGUUUGAUCCAGGGUAGAGGGGCGCCAGUACAGAAUAUUACCACAUCUAGACUACGAGUGUCUACCUCACAAAUUGACCAUUUUAUCGACUUUAUUACAAGUUCGCAUAUCACUCAGGACUUGCCUUCUGGAGAAAAGAUAAUCACAUUGUCGACCAAGGAGACCAUAAAAGUACCCAACGUUAUAAGAACGAUGGUUCGAGCUCAAAUAGCGACACAGUAUAUCAAUUACUGUGAACAAUUGGGAUUUAAACCCUUGAGUCACAGCAGUUUGCUUCUAAUUUUGAACGUUUGUGCAGCUUCCUCCCGUAAAUCUCUUCAAGGGCUUGAUUACAUUAGCUCUGCCGGUGCUGAAGCAUUCGAUGACCUUUGUGGUGUUGCCGAGACUCUUGGAGACGUAGGCCAGGGGAUGGGCCAAAGAAAAGCAGAAGCGACUACGAGAAGGCAAGCGUUACCUUAA